AUGACCAAAGAGGAUGAGAUCCCGGAUUGGGUGGGAGCUCAGGAGUUCUAUGGCAAAUAUGACCCCAAGGAGAUCCUGGGAAGGUAUGGUAUCAUUUGUAUGUCAUAUGGGAUUGUUUACAUGAACCUCGCAUGAGGUAAAAAGAACAUGAACCCAUUUUCUAUUCAUUCACUGCAUAGAAAUAGCCUGGCCCCAGAUCUGUUUGUGCUGUAUACCCAUAACAAACUUGCAUGUCAAAUCAUAAAUGUUUGGCAAUGCAUCACAAUGACCAUAUGAGUUGGCUAUACAGCCCAAAAUGAUCUGGGACCAGACUAGAAAAUAAAUAAUAAUAAACAGAAACUCUAAACACACACCAACCUCCCCUCAGUCUAGACUGGUUAUGGAAGGGAGUUGGGGUUCUGUGAACUCACUAUUAAACCCUGUCAUCAGGGACAUCCUUUGUGUUGUGUCACUGUGUGCUGUUUGUUAGUCAAGUGAGGUAUGCCAUUACGUAACUAAACUAUGCAUUGUUGAGCCGGGAGGCGUUCAUUUGAGGACAAAGGUUUUGGCACUGAACACUACUAGUGAUUGGUCAGCUCGUAGAGUCAUUAUGUCAUCCCACUCGGAUUCACACAGGGGGUCACUUAUGUGAUAAAGAAAUGGCGUUAUUUUCAAAUUAAAUUGUAUUGUCACAUGCGCCGAAUACAACAGGUGUAGACCUUACUGUGAAAUGCUUCCUUACAAGCCCUUAACCAACAAUGCAGUUCAAUAAAUAUUUACUAAAUAAACUAAAGUAAAAAAUAAAAUAAAAUAAAAAGUAACACAAUAAAAUAACAAUACCGAGGCUACAGUCAGGUCCAUAAAUAUUUGGACAUUGACCAAGUUAUUAUUAAUUUAGCUGUCUACCACAGCAUUAUGGAGUUGAAAUUAAAUAAUGAAUAUGAGCUGAAAGUGCAGACUUUCAGCUUUCAUUUGAGAGUAUUUACAUCCAAAUCAGGUGAACGGUGUAGGAAUUACAGCACUUUUUAUAUGUGCCCCCCCCUUUUUAAGGGACCAAAAGUAAUUGGACAAUUGGCUGCUCAGCUGUUCCAUGGCCAGGUGUGUGUUAUUCCCUCAUUAGUUAAUUUACAAGUAAGCAGAUAAAAGGUCUAGAGUUGAUUUCAAGUGUGGCAUUUGCAUUUGGAAUCUGUUGCUGUUAACCCUCAAUAUGAAGUCCAAAGAGCUGUCACUGCCAGUGAAGCAAGCCAUCAUUACGCUGAAAAAUCAAAACAAACCCAUCAGAGAGAUAGCAAAAACAUUAGGUGUGGCCAAAUCAACUAUUUGGUACAUUCUUAAAAAGAAAGAACGCACUAGUGAGCUCAGGAACACCAAAAGGCCCGGAAGACCACGGAAAACAACUGUGGUGGUUGACAGAAUAAUUAUUUCCCUGGUGAAGAAAAACCCCUUCACAACAGUUGGCCAGAUCAAGAACACCCCCCAGGAGGUAGACGUAUCUGUGUCAAAGUCAACAAUCAAGAGAAGACUUCAGCAGAGUAAAUACAGAGGGUUACCACAAGAUGUAAACCAUUGGUAACCCGGAAAAACAGGCGACCAGAUUAGAGUUUGCCAAAAAACAUAUUUAAAAGCCUGUAUAGUUCUGGAACAACAUCCUAUGGACAGAUGAGACAAAGAUCAAUUUAUACCAGAACGAUGGGAAGAGAAGAGUAUGGAGAAGGGAAGGAACUGCUCAUGAUGCGAAGCAUACCACCUCAUCUGUGAAGCAUGGUGGAGGUAGUGUUAUGGCAUGGGCAUGUAUGGCUGCCAAUGGAACUGGUUCUCUUGUAUUUAUUGAUGAUGUGACUGCUGACAAAAGCAGCAGGAUGAAUUCUGAAGUGUUUAGGGCUAUAUUAUCUACUCAGAUUCAGCCAAAUGCUUCAAAACUCAUUGGAUAGCGCUUCACAGUGCAGAUGGACAAUGACCCGAAGCAUACUGCGAAAGCAACCCAAUACUUUUUUAAGGCAAAGAAGUGGAAUGUUCUGCAAUGGCCAAGUCAAUCACCUGACCUGAAUCCAAUUGAGCAUGCAUUCACUUGCUGAAGGCAAAACUGAAGGAAAAACACCCCAAGAACAAGCAGGAACUGAAGACAGCUGCAGUAAAGGCCUGGCAGAGCAUUACCAGGGAAGAAACCCAGCAUCUGGUGAUGUCUAUGGGUUCCAGACUUCAGGCCGUCAUUGACUGCAAAGGAUUUGCAACCAAGUAUUAAAACUCACAAUUUAAUGUAUGAUUAUGUUAGUUUGUCCAAUUACUUUUGAGCCCCUAAAAUUGGGGGGCUAUGUAUAAAAAUAGUUGUAAUUCCUACACGGUUCAUACAAUAAUUUUGACAAAACCCUUAAAUUAAAGAUGAAAGUCUACACUUAAAGCACACCUUGAUUGUUUCCUUUCAAAUCCAUUGUGGUGGCAUACAGAGCCAAAAUGAUGCAAAUUGUGUCACUGUCCAAAUACUUAUGGACCUGACUGUAUAUACAGUGGGUACCGGUACCGAGUCAAUGUGCGGGGGUACAGGUUAGUCGAGGUAAUUUGUACAUGUAGGUUAGGGGUAACGUGACUAUGCAUAGAUAAUAGACAGCGAGUAGCAGCAGUGUAAAAACAAAGGGUGGGGGGGGUCAAUGUAAAUAGUCCGGGUGGCCAUUUGACUAAUUGUUCAGCAGUCUUAUGGCUUGGGGGUAGAAGCUGUUAAGGAGCCUUUUGGACCUAGACUUGGCGCUCCGGUACCGCUUGCCGUGCAGUAGCAGAGAGAACAGUCUAUGACUUGCGUGACUGGAGUCUUUGACCAAUUUUUUGGGCCUUCCUCUGACACCGCCUGGUAUAUAGGUCCUGGAUGGCAGGAAGCUUGGCCCCAUUUACUGGGCUGUAUGCAUGACCCUCUGUAGCGCCUUAUGGUUGGAUGCCAAGCAGUUGCCAUACCAGGCUGUGAUGCAACCGGUCAGGAUGCUCUCGAUGGUGCAGCUGUAUAACUUUUUGAGGAUCUGGGAACCCAUGCCAAAUCUUUUCAGUCUCCUGGAUGGGGGGAAAAGGUGUUGUUGUGCCCUCUUCACGACUGUCUUGGUGUGUUUGGACCAUGAUAGUUUGUUGGUGAUGUGGACACCAAGGAACUUGAAACUCUCGACCUGCUCCACUGCAGCCCCGUCAAUGUGAAUGGGGGCGUGUUCGGCCCUCCUUUUCCUGUAGUCCACGAUCAUCUCCUUUGUCUUGCUCACGUUGAGGGAGAGGUUGUUGUCCUGGCACCACACUGCCAGAUCUCUGACCUCCUCCCUAUAGGCUGUCUCAUCAUUGUCUGUGAUCAGGCCUACCGUCGUUGUGUCGUCAGCAAACUUAAUGAUGGUGUUGGAGUCGUGCUUGGCCACGCAGUCGUGGGUGAACAGGGAGUACAGGAGGGGACUAAGCACGCACCCCUGAGGGCCCCCGUGUUGAGGAUCAGCGUGGCAGAUGUGUUGUUACCUACCCUUACCACCUGUGGGUGGCCCAUCAGGAAGUCCAGGAUCCAGUUGCAAAGGGAGGUGUUUAGUCCCAGGGUCCUUAGCUUAGUGAUGAGCUUUGUGGGCACUAUGGUGUUGAACACUGAGCUGUAGUCAAUGAACAGCAUUCUCAUAUACAGUGGGGAAAAAAAGUAUUUAGUCAGCCACCAAUUGUGCAAGUUCUCCCACUUAAAAAGAUGAGAGAGGCCUGUAAUUUUCAUCAUAGGUACACGUCAACUAUGACAGACAAAUUGAGAAAAAAAAUUCCAGAAAAUCCCAUUGUAGGAUUUUUAAUGAAUUUAUUUGCAAAUUAUGGUGGAAAAUAAGUAUUUGGUCACCUACAAACAAGCAAGAUUUCUGGCUCUCACAGACCUGUAACUUCUUCUUUAAGAGGCUCCUCUGUCCUCCACUCGUUACCUGUAUUAAUGGCACCUGUUUGAACUUGUUAUCAGUAUAAAAGACACCUGUCCACAACCUCAAACAGUCACACUCCAAACUUCACAAUGGCCAAGACCAAAGAGCUGUCAAAGGACACCAAAAACAAAAUUGUAGACCUGCACCAGGCUGGGAAGACUGAAUCUGCAAUAGGUAAGCAGCUUGGUUUGAAGAAAUCAACUGUGAAAGCAAUUAUUAGGAAAUGGAAGACAUACAAGACCACUGAUAAUCUCCCUCGAUCUGGGGCUCCACGCAAGAUCUCACCCCGUGGGGUCAAAAUGAUCACAAGAACGGUGAGCAAAAAUCCCAGAACCACACGGGGGGACCUAGUGAAUGACCUGCUGAGAGCUGGGACCAAAGUAACAAAGCCAACCAUCAGUAACACACUACGCCGCCAGGGACUCAAAUCCUGCAGUGCAAGACGUGUCCCCCUGCUUAAGCCAGUACAUGUCCAGGCCCGUCUGAAGUGCAUUUGGAUGAUCCAGAAGAGGAUUGGGAGAAUGUCAUAUGGUCAGAUGAAACCAAAAUAUCACUUUUUGGUAAAAACUCAACUCGUCAUGUUUGGAGGACAAAGAAUGCUGAGUUGCAUCCAAAGAACACCAUACCUACUGUGAAGCAUGGGGUUGGAAACAUCAUGCUUUGGGGCUGUUUUUCUGCAAAGGGACCAGGACGACUGAUCCGUGUAAAGGAAAGAAUGAAUGGGGCCAUGUAUCGUGAGAUUUUGAGUGAAACCCUCCUUCCAUCAGCAAGGGCAUUGAAGAUGAAACGUGGCUGGGUCUUUCAGCAUGACAAUGAUCCCAAACACACCGCCCGGGCAACGAAGGAGUGGCUUCGUAAGAAGCAUUUCAAGGUCCUGGAGUGGCCUAGCCAGUCUCCAGAUCUCAACCCCAUAGAAAAUCUUUGGAGGGAGUUGAAAGUCUGUGUUGCCCAGCGACAGCCCCAAAACAUCACUGCUCUAGAGGAGAUCUGCAUGGAGGAAUGGGCCAAAAUACCAGCAACAGUGUGUGAAAACCUUGUGAAGACUUACAGAAAACGUUUGACCUGUGUCAUUGCCAACAAAGGGUAUAUAACAAAGUAUUGAGAAACUUUUGUUAUUGACCAAAUACUUAUUUUCCACCAUCAUAUGCCAAUAAAUUCAUUUAAAAUCCUACAAUGUGAUUUUCUGGAUUUUUUUUCUCAUUUUGUCUGUCAUAGUUGACGUGUACCUAUGAUGAAAAUUACAGGCCUCUCUCAUCUUUUUAAGUGGGAGAACUUGCACAAUUGGUGGCUGACUAAAUACUUUUUUCCCCCACUGUAGGUGUUCCUUUUGUCCAGGUGGGAAAGGGCAGUAUGGAGUGCUAUUGAGAUUGCGUCAUCUGUGGACCUGUUGGGGCGGUAUGCGAAUUGGAGUGGGUGUAGGGUUUCCCGGAUGGUGGUGUUGAUGUGAGCCAUGACCAGCCUUUCAAAGCACUUCAUGGCUACCGACGUGAGUGCUACAGGGCGGCAGUCAUUUAGGCAGGUUACCUUCAGUUUCUUGGACACAGGGACUAUGGUGUUCUGCUUGAAAGAUGUAGGUAUUACAGACUCGGUCAGGGAGAGGUUGAAAAUGUCAGUGAAGACACUUGCCAGUUGGUCCGCGCAUGCUCUGAGUACACGUCCUGGUAAUCCGUCUGGCCCCGCGGCCUUGUGAAUGUUGACCUGUUUAAAGGUCUUGCUCACAUCGGCUACGGAGAGCGUGAUCACACAGUUGUCUGGAACAGCUGGUGCUCUCAUGCAUGCUUCAGUGUUGCUUGCCACGAAGCGAGCAUAAAAGGCAUUUAGCUCGUCUGGUAGGCUCGCGUCACUGGGCAGCUCACAGCUGGGUUUCCCUUUGUAGUCCGUAAAAGCCCUGCCACAUCCGACGAGCGUCAGAGCCGGUUGUAGUAGGAUUCAAUCUUAGUCCUGUAUUGACGCUUUGCCUGUUAUUUUUUUUAGCCAUUGUUUCUCACGAGUCUCACAUAACUUUAAGCAAGAUAGAACAGAUCAAAGAGGAGACAAUUCAUCGUAGUCAUGUACUUGCUUUUGUGGUCUAAUGCAGCGUUAUGUCAUUAUAUGGGUAGGGGAGGGGAUAGGGGAGGGAAUGGCCGGCAGGGAUGUAGCUCAGUUGGUAGAGCAUGGCGUUUGCAACGCCAGGGUUGUGGGUUCGUUUCCCACAGGGGGGCCAGUAUGAAAAAUAAAUAAAUCAUGUAUGCACUCACUAACUGUAAGUCGCUCUGGAUAAGAGCGUCUGCUAAAUGACUAAAAUGAAAAUGUAAAUAUGGAGUAUAGGCCUACUUGCAAGUGCAGAGGGUUCUCAAAAAGAAAAUGGUAAGGAUGAACAUGUUUUUGAGGUUGCCUUAAUAUAUAAAGCUGUGCUUCAGAUAUUUCAAAUAUUUUAUCUGAUAGGGAUAGACAAUCAGUCUCAGCCUUUUGAGAUUUUAGCUCUAGGAUAUGUUCUGCAUUAGAUACACAUUGUGUCCUGUAUUGGUUUAUUUAGGCUUGGUAUUACAUCCUAUAUAAUCUCUCGUGGACAGAUGCACGUAACAUAUAUGGUAGUAAAAUAAACGGUAGUAGCAUCUGUCGACAGACUGUGGGAUGCGAUGACCAACAAGGAACUUUGUUCGGGUACGCAGAUUUUUCUGUCACUUAUCAUUUGGACAAAUCAGGAUUUCGCAUCUUUCGAAUUUCGGAAGUGGAUGGAACAUUUUGCCCAUAGACUUGCCCGAAACAUGCUGAGUUUCCAUUUAGAGAAAUUGGAGACUUCGCUAGUCUCGUUAGUACAUUUUCUAAUUAUAGUACAUCCUAUAGAGUGAUGAUCAGAGGGUUGUGGGUUCAAAUCCCUGGUGGGGCACAUUGCCAUUGUUUCUUUGUUAUGGAACAAAUCUAACAAGAUAAGUUCCACUUGAGUAUUCAGCUGUACAAAUAAAAACUUGAAAUGUGUGUGAUGUAAUUUACUACCUACCUAGAUAAGACGCUGUUUGUUGACGUUUGUUUUUCUGUCCUUGUGCCUCAGGGGGGUGAGUAGCGUUGUGCGACGUUGUAUUCAUAAACAAACCCAACAGGACUAUGCGGUCAAAAUCAUCGACGUCACUCCUUCUGACAAGAUCUCGGCUGCAGAGAUCGAGGAGAUCAAAGAUGCCACCGUGAAAGAGAUUGAUAUUCUCAAGAAAGUCUAUGGAAUGGACAACAUCAGUAAGCAAAAUAACACCAUAUUACGUACAUUAUUGACACUUUAAUGGAACUUAAGGUAUAUAACAACAAAACUACUUGAAAAAGCUUGAGGAAGAAACUCACACAUCCAUCUAGCCUAUUCCUGGAAUAGGCUUAAUCUAGGUUCAGAAAAUUAGCUCUAUAAAAACAUUAUUCACACAUCUUGUGGAGUACAUUGCCAUGAAUCUCUGGAAUUCUGAAGUUUAACAAUAACUUUGUUCAAAGGUUACUCGGUUAUGUCUAUGCAUCCUAGAGGGUUGGACAACUUUAGCAUUUGCUCUCCUCUACUGCUCCAUAACCAUAUUGACUGCACAUCACUUGUUUAGCUAGAAAAGGUCAAAUUGAUAAUAUAUAUUUUGUGUAACUCUAUGGCUGCGAUUACACAGGCAGCCCAAGUAUGAUAUUUUUUCCCCACAUUGGUUUUUCGACCAAUCACAUCAGAUCUUUUCACAUCAUAUCUUUUUCAGAGCUGAUCUGAUUUGUCAAAAGACCAUUUAGUGAAAAAAUAUCAGAAUUGGGCUACCUGUUCUUCUGUUUGUAGACAUGCCUCAUAACAGGUAUAUUAUCUCUCCACAGUCCAGCUGAAGGACUGCUAUGAGUCCAAAGCCUUCUUCUUCCUGGUGUUUGACCUGUAAGUAUCCAGACAGACUCUCCAGCAUACAAUCACGUAAUCUGUCAAUUUCCUAACAAGGAAUCUUAUAAAUCUUUAUUUAACAUUUAAAAAACACUUUCCAAUCAAGAUACGAGGAAGAGUGACAUUUUUUAUGCACUGAUGAUUUUGUCAGUGAUUAUACAGAAUACAUUUGACUCAACACUUUCUGGCCCUCAGGAUGUAUGCAUAACAAUAUAAUCUGUCUCUCUCCCAGGAUGAAGAGAGGAGAGCUGUUUGACUACCUCACAGAAAAAGUAACUCUGAGUGAGAAGGAGACCAGGUCAGAAACUCUACCUCACACACAUUCAUUCACUAUCUUAUUGUCGUACAUCUGGGUUUGAUCAAAUCCUCUCUCCUCAAAAAUGUAUAUCUGGACAAGACUGUUUGGGGUUGAGGGGUUCAUUUGAGGGACAUUGAGAGAUUUGCUGUGUGAGUGGUUUAGAAUUUGAGUGAUUUGGGGCUAGUUGGUUUGGCCCCUAUGAGAAGAGUAUUGUAUGUUUAGGGAGUGUGAGAGAUUUAGAUCAGAAGGGACAACAUUUCCCUAUUUCCCUGUAGGAAGAUCAUGCGUGCCCUGCUGGAGGUGGUUAAGUUUCUCCACGACCAGAACAUCAUCCACAGAGACCUGAAGCCUGAGAAUAUCCUGCUGGACGACAACAUGGACAUCAAGCUCACUGACUUCGGCUUCUCCCUGCAGAUUGAGCCCGGACAGACACUCAACGGUUAGUUAGUAGUUUCUAUCGACAGAUGUGGGGUCUACGACUGGCAAAGAAAAUCUAGUUAAUUACUGUACCACUCAAUCUCAUUCUGACUUAAUGAGCAGUGAAAUCAUUGUAGAAGAUCGACGGAAUCUCCCAUUUCCAAUAUGGCUGCCUCUGUUCCAAUGUCCAUACUGGCAUACCACGUAGAAUGAAGCAUUAAAGCGGAAGGUAAUGAGCGCUACAUACUGGCUGCUCAGUCAGUGGAAAGAAGCCUCAUGUUUUGAACGCUGUGGCACUAAGUUAGAACACUAGCUGUCAGUGCUACGCAGAGGAACCCUUUCUAUCUAGUCAACGCCCCUAAGUCCUCGUCCACAACCCACUCCCCUUCCGUCCUGUCCCUGUCGUUAGCUCAAGCAAAGGUUAAGAUGCAACAGGACACUUGCUGAGCUAUUUGCAGUUCCCAAAUCAAUAGGAGCAUGUGUUGACCUUUCAAAGGGCGACGCUGUGACUUCUCAGCAUGCACAGAAUUUCAGACUAGGAACUGCAGUCAGUUUUUUGUGGAAAAAUACAAUCCCACACUUAUACAUUUGUCAACAAAUACUAUAUAGGUUCAGGUUGAAUGAUAUACAUGCAAAGAACAUUCAAUUACUGUAUCAGCUUGAGAAUGAUGCUAAAUGUAUUGUAUUUUUACUGUAUGUAGUGUAUGUUUUCAUGUACAUUUAUUGUACUCAUAAUUAUGAGAAUAUUAAUUAUUACUAAUUCACCUAGCAAUGCCCCCUCUAUCUGUUUUCUACGCCAGAGGUGUGUGGGACCCCAGGCUAUCUGGCUCCUGAGAUCAUUGAGUGCUCCAUGGACCCCAACCACAGGGGAUACGGGACUGCAGUCGACAUGUGAGUACUCAGAUUACACACAACUACCCAUUCACCUUUCCAUCUACCCGCUGGAUACCAGAUCAUGGUUAAAUACUGUACAUAAAGCUUCUCUGUCCUCCCACUAUUGGAGGGAUGCGACACCAUUCUUCCAUGAGAAAUGCCAUCAUUUGGUGUUUUGUUGAUGGUGGUGGAAACGUGGUCUCAGGCUCUAUUGGUUUGCGAUCUGGUGACUGAGACGGCCAUGGCAUAUGGUUUACAUCGUUUUCAUGCAAAUCAAACCAUUCAGUGACCACUCGUGCCCUGUGGAUGGGGGUAUUGUAAUCCUUUGUAGGCAUAGCCAUGGUAGCCAAAAUAAUGGCCGGCCCAGCAUUUUUAUACAUGACCCCUAAGCAUGAUGGGAUGUUAGUUGCUUAAUUAAUUCAGAAACCACACCUGUGUGGAAGCACCUGCUUUCAAUAUACUUUGUAUCCCUCAUUUACUUGUGUUUCCAUUAUAUUGGCAGUUACCUGAAUAUUAUAUGGUCAAAUAAAGUCCUAGAAAAAGUGUCACUAUAAUCCUGAUGAUUUAUUGUGAUUCCAGAUGGAGUUCAGGGGUGAUCUUGUACACCCUGCUGGCUGGAUCCCCUCCUUUCUGGCACAGAAAACAGAUGAUGAUGCUUCGUAUGAUCCUAGCUGGGAACUACGACUUCUCCUCUCCUGAAUGGGACGACCGGUCCGACACUAUCAAAGACCUAGUGCGUUUGGAAUGAUACAAACACUAUAGCUUCAAAACAUGGUUAAAACUAUACUUCUGAUCUAAUGGAUAGUCAGCUGCAUCCUAACACAUUCAGUAUGUGUGCCACAUGGGAAUAAAACCCACCACAACCCUGGUGUUGCCAGCAUUAUACUCCAACUAACCGAGCCAUUCUACCCUUGUCAGCACAAGUUGGCCAUUUGCCUUAAAGAAAACCUUGAUAAAGCUUUACCACUGUUCUUAUUGGGCCGGUGGGCUCUGUGACAUGUCACAUAAACAACAGUGCACCGUAUGGUAUGGCAUAACACACACAUCACCUGUAUUAUCGUAUCAGUUUCCUGCACAUGUAGAGAGACGUGCUUUUAGAGAAUAGACCUGUAUUUCAAUAUACUGAGGGGUAUGUACUUGCUUUUGUGGCCUAAUGCAGCGUUAUGUCAUUAUAUGGAGUAUAGGCCUACUUGCAAAGUGCAGAGGGUUUCAAAAAGAAAAUGGUAAAGAUGAACAUGUUUUCACACACAUCACAGGCUGGGAGCAGCGCAGGGGCUGCUGCCGAGCAGCGCCCCUGGAGCACAACAGGUAGUGCCUUGCUCAAGGGCAGAACGGCGGUAGGUUGUAUACGGGAUAUUGAAGCCGGUAACCUUCGGCUGCCGGCUCACUCCUUGCAGAUUUCCUCGCUGGCAGCUCGGGGGUUCGAAUCCUCCGGUUACCGGCCUGCCCUUUAACCUCGAGGCUGCUACCUCCCCCUAAUUUGAGAAUGCCUACAUUUCUCCAGCCCCAUCCUUCAACUGUCGGAAUGACUACUUUUUUUGGGGGGGGGAUCCUUUAAUGUUGCCUCACGUCUCCCUGUUCAGAUCUCCAGGAUGUUGGUGGUAAACCCAGAUCAGCGUUACACAGCCCAAGACUGCCUGAACCACCCCUUCUUCCAGCAGUAUGUGGUGGCUGAAGUACGACACUUCACCCCCAAGAGGAGGUUCAAGGUAAGAGCAGCAACACUAUACAAAGAUUCCCAUGUGAUGUCACCAUGGUUGGGGAUCUAUGUUUAUGAGUUCAGAAAUCCUCAUGGAAAAUGAGUUUUCUGAAUGUCAAUAUCGAAACUGACUGGGAUCGAUGGCAAUAUGAUACUGUAAUAGUCAUAGGUAAUAAAAUAAAAUAAAUCAUAAGUCUACUGAUGUACAUAGAACCAACAAAUUAUUUCCCUCAUCCUCAUGUCACCAGGUCGUCUGCAUGACAGUGCUGGCUGUGAUGCGCAUCUACUGUAAUUACCGCCGCGCCAAGCCUAUCACCAAGGAGGUGAUCAAGAGCGACCCGUACGCCAUCAAGCCCAUCCGCAAGCUAAUCGACGCCUGUGCCUUCAAGAUCUACGGCCACUGGGUCAAGAAGGGCCAGACCCAGAACAGAGCCGCCCUGUUUGAGAACACUCCCAAGGCCAUCCUGCUGUCCAUGGCGGCAGAGCCCGAGGACUCCUCCAUGCACUCC